UUUCUAGGANUUUAAUUUCUUGAGUAAUUGGAUAGAAAUGAGUGACUCGUCUGCUCAAUACAUCCACAUGGUGCAGCACUUGAUAGAGGAGUGUAUAAUUUUCAAAAUGAACAGAGAAGAAUGCAUGGAAGCACUCUCCAAACAUGCAAAUAUCCAGCCUAUUAUUACUUCCACGGUGUGGAAGGAAUUGGAGAAGGAAAACAAAGAAUUCUUUGAGGCAUACAAUAAAACGAGAGUGGAAAAAUCAUCAUCAAUAUUAUCAGCAGAAUCACAAUUGGAGACGACAAGACAAAGAAUCCAUAAUAUGUUGUUGGAUUCUUCUUCUAAAGAUUCCAAUGAAAAGGUAAUAAAACAAGGAGAUAAGGGUUCAAAGGUAAGGUGGUCCUGGUUGUCUUAUUCCUACAUAUGAAAUAAAUUAAGUUGUUGGGGUGUGUGAUGUUGACUAGCAAAGCUGUUUGACACGUAAUUGCUAUGUUGUCUUAGUUGGCGUUGU